AAUCAUAAUAAGCCCAAUAACGAAGCCCAUCUAUCCAUUAUAACCACAAUUAGGGUUUCGUAACCGUCAUCUACGUCUGAAGAUCACUACACUACUAGCAGCAGCCUUCUCUUCUUCAAAACCCUAAUUCGAGAAUGGAGGUUCUUCCACCACUUGCUGAAGACGGAAAGUCUCACAGUGAUGUCUUGCUGUUCAACCGCUGGACAUACGACGACGUUCAGGUUUCUGAUCUUUCGGUGGAGGAUUACAUCACCGCCACCGCUUCAAAACACCCAAUCUACAUGCCUCACACAGCCGGUAGGUACCAAGCCAAGAGAUUCAGAAAAGCCCAAUGCCCAAUUGUCGAACGUUUGACCAACUCUCUUAUGAUGCACGGGAGAAACAAUGGUAAAAAAUUGAUGGCUGUUCGCAUAGUCAAGCACGCUAUGGAGAUCAUUCAUCUUCUAACCGAUUCCAACCCCAUCCAAAUCAUCGUGGAUGCCGUCAUUAACAGUGGACCAAGAGAAGAUGCUACUAGAAUCGGUUCUGCUGGUGUUGUUAGGCGUCAGGCUGUUGAUAUUUCUCCUUUAAGGCGUGUUAACCAGGCGAUCUAUCUGCUUACCACUGGUGCACGCGAGAGUGCUUUUAGGAAUGUUAAGACCAUUGCUGAGUGCCUUGCUGAUGAGCUUAUCAACGCUGCCAAGGGUUCUUCAAACAGCUAUGCUAUUAAGAAGAAGGAUGAGAUCGAGAGGGUUGCCAAGGCUAAUCGUUAAAGAAGAUUUGAUGUCAAGGUGCUCGGUUUUGGUUGUUUUGUUUUGGUGUUUUUUAUGAAAAGUAGUUAAUUGUUAAACGUUUUGCUGUUCUGGUAUGGAUUUGUUUUUUUUUUUUUUUAUGAAAAAUAAUUAGAGAAAUCUUUUUUGUGUUUUUAUCGAAUGAAAAAUCUCUCUUAGUCUCUUUGGACA